GCAGACUCCACCUCCUGUCUUCCCAUCCUGCCCCCUUGUUCUGUGUGUGAGAUAACCAGCACUAACCCUCAGAGGGCCGGGAGGUGGGUGACUGAUGGGGCAGAGCAGGGGAGGCCUCGUGCCUGUAUCUUGCCAAGACAUGUAAAUAAAUAAUCCAGAGGUUGCCUUGUGUUUGGUCUCCUCUGUGUAUGGCGGGGACAAGGGAGAGUGGGGAGACUGCAGAGAAAGGAGCUCCCAAGAAGGAAGGAGGGAGGACUUAAGCCUGGCCUGAGGGGAGCCUGUGGCUGGGAGACAGAGGCUACCCAUGGUCUGAGGAGAGUCAAAGAGGCCUUGGGAUGGGCCCAGUGGAAGGAGGGCCUGCCCUGGCCCUUCAGAAAUCCCAGGGUCCUCUGCGCAGGACUCUGGGAAGUUCCCCCGUGGAGCACAGCUUUGGGACCAUGCUGCUGUGGACUCCACCUGUCCUGGGGGAAUCCUCUCUGGCCAGGACAGCCCCAGGGGCCCUAACAGAGCAGAAGGAUUGCUACCCACCUGCCCUCUGCUGGCCACUUCUCAACCAACAAGAGCACCUCCCCAUCCUGGCUGUCCUUUUCCUGUCUGGCUGGUUUGAUUGUUCUGUCCACCUGGCCCCACCCGAGAAGGUCCCUCCUGGUCCCUCUCCAGGCUUGUGGGUUCAGAGCUCACCCCAGACACCUGGCUGCCUCUUAGGACUAGGUCCCAGGAUGCUCAGCCUCCAUUGGGGCUGGGCCUCAGUUCCUAGGGACCCAACCCCCCUAAGCCCCUAAGCCCCCACCAGGGCCUCCAGACUCCCCCACAUCUCUCUGCCAUGCCCCAGGAGACAUGCCGUCCAGUCCCAAAUCUCCCCCUGACGUCCCCAUAUCCACUCUUCACAUCUCCACCCUCCCAUUCUAGAGGAUGAAGGUCGUGCCCAUGAGCUGUCAUAGACCACCCACUUACACUCUAGCACCUUCUCCCUUCAAGCUGGCCUCCCCUUGAGUCACUCCCCUUGUUUCUCUUUUUUCUCACUGAACAUGGCAAGAAUGAUCUGCCCUCAUGGUGCAUACCCCUUGACCAGCCCCCUAACAUUUGGGAUUUUCCUCUCACCAUGGCUGACUUGUCAGUAUCCUCAGUGACCUCUCUGUGGUCAUGUCAGUGGCUUCCUCUGUCUCUCUUGUCAUGAUUUCUCAGGGCCUCUCCCUCUUUCCUGAACACUUUCUUCUCCCUCUUUUCCACGCUUCUCUCUCCUCAUGUCCCUUGAACACUCAGGGCUUUUCCCAGGCUGUCAUGCACCCUCACACCUACUCUGGACCUGUCCCAGAGGCUUUCAUUCCUCACCUCUGUGUAAUAAUUCUCAAAUUCUCUCCUGGGUCCUAGAAGGGUGUGUGGGGUGGUGGUUCAGACCUUGGCUCUAGAGCCAGACUCUGGCACCCAGCUGGAUGACCUUAGGCAUUUUUAAACCUUUUUUGUGCCUUGAUUUUCUCUUCCAUUAAAUGGAGCUAUUAAGAUGUCUGUGGUAAGGAUCAGAUAAGGCUUAUAAAGCACUCAAUACCUACUUAAACAUUUCAGUAUUAAAUUUCCUAAUCUGACCUCAGCAUCCUCUUCCCCAAAGUGCUCCUGUCCAUGCCCCUAUCUCAGAGACCAUUCCACCAUUACCAAGGCCAGAGUCCUGGACCUUGUCCUGGAUGGCUUACUCUCUUCCCUAUAGCUUGCAGUCCCAUAGCCUGGCCUUCUGGCCUUGGGAGUGUCUCAUCCCCCAGCCUUCUCCCACACUCCUCAACUCUCCUAUUCUUGCUCCCUCCAACCCACUCUUCACACAGUAGCUUUCCGACAUUCAUAUCGGACCUUUCCCUCCCUUGCUCAAAGGCCGCCUGUGGCUCCCCAGUGCCCCGAGAACAAAGUCCAGACUCUUUAGCCUGGCAUUCAAGACCUUUUACAACCUGGCUCUGCCUCAGCCACACCUACCCCAUGUCAGCCACAGGCUGGGGCAGAUGUUUUCUGAAAUACACACACACACACACACACCCCUAGUUCCGAAAGCCUGCUUUUCCUCACCUCUGUUUAGGAAUGUCCCAUUCCUCUGCCUGAGGUUCACCAUCAGACUCUCAGUUGACCUUUCACCUGUCCAGCCUCUUCAGUGUUCCACCACUGGGUGGGGGAGGGGGCUCAACCUGCCACCCCACCCCCAUUCCAGCCAGGGGCUCAGGUCUCCAACAACAGAACCAGAGCCACUCAGCAACGCUGGAACCCAUUUGAGGUGGUGUGGGGCCCCUCAUCCCAAGCCAGGAGGGCUUCGGGGGAGGGGUGCAGCCCCUGGCAGACUCGCAGUGUGGCCCAGGAGGCUGGAGGGUGCUAGAGAGGCGGGUGCUAACCUCGAAGGGGGAGGCACGAGUGCAGUUCUCUUUCCCCCACUGGGGGGACCCCAGGGCCGGUGGCGAAGGGGGCCUGGGAGGCCUCGGAGGCAGAGGCUGUGGGGAGUGGGUGGUGGCAGGGCGGUGUCUGGCAGCAGGGGCACCAUGGCCACCAUCCAGUCCGAGACUGAUUGUUAUGACAUCAUCGAGGUGCUGGGCAAGGGCACCUUCGGGGAGGUGGCCAAGGGCUGGCGGCGAAGCACAGGCGAGAUGGUGGCCAUCAAGAUCCUCAAGAACGAUGCCUAUCGAAACCGUAUCAUCAAGAACGAGCUGAAGCUGCUGCGCUGUAUGAGGGGCCUGGACCCCGAGGAGGCCCACGUCAUCCGCUUCCUCGAGUUCUUCCAUGACACCCUCAAGUUCUACCUGGUUUUCGAGCUGUUGGAGCAAAACCUUUUUGAAUUCCAGAAGGAGAACAACUUCGUGCCCCUCCCUGCCCGUCACAUCCGCACGGUCACCCUGCAGGUGCUCAGAGCCCUGGCCCGGCUCAAGGAGCUGGCCAUCAUCCAUGCCGAUCUCAAGCCCGAAAACAUCAUGCUGGUGGACCAGACCCGCUGCCCCUUCAGGGUCAAGGUGAUCGACUUUGGCUCAGCCAGCAUUUUCAGUGAGGUGCGCUACGUGAAGGAGCCGUACAUCCAGUCGCGCUUCUACCGGGCCCCCGAGAUUCUGCUGGGGCUGCCCUUCUGUGAGAAAGUGGAUGUGUGGUCCCUGGGCUGCAUCAUGGCCGAGCUACACCUGGGCUGGCCGCUCUACCCGGGCAACAACGAGUACGACCAGGUGCGCUACAUCUGUGAGACCCAGGGCCUGCCCAAGCCCCACCUGCUGCACGCCGCCCGCAAGGCCCACCACUUUUUCAAGCGCAACCCUCACCAUGAUACCAGCAACCCCUGGCAGCUCAAGUCCUCAGCCGACUACUUGGCUGAGACCAAGGUGCACCCACUGGAGCGUCGCAAGUAUAUGCUCAAGUCACUGGAUCAGAUUGAGACAGUGAAUGGCAGCGGGGCAGCCAGUCGGCUGACCUUCUCGGACCGUGAGGUGCUGGCCGAGCACGCUGACCUCAAGAGCAUGGUGGAGCUGAUCAAGCGCAUGCUGACCUGGGAGUCACACGAACGCAUCAGUCCUAGCGCUGCCCUGCGCCACCCCUUUGUGUCCAUGCAGCAGCUGCGCAGUGCCCAUGAGACUACCCACUACUACCAGCUGUCACUGCGCAGCUGCCGCCUCUCACUGCAGGUGGAGGGCAAGCCCCCUGCGCCCACAGUGGCCGCUGCAGAAGACGGGUCCCCCUACUACCGUCUGGCUGAGGAGAAGGAGGCCGUGGGCUUGGGCGGUGUGGUGGGAAGCGGGCCCUUCUUCAGAGAGGAGAAGGCACCAGGCGUGCAGCGGGCCAUCGACCAGCUGGAUGACCUGAGUCUGCAGGAGGUGGGCUGUGGGCUGUGGGGUGAGACCUCCGAUGUGCUGGCCCCACUCAAGGCAGCCACUGCUGGCCAUCGGGUGACCGACUCGGGCCCCAAGCCCAUCCUGGCCUUCUAUGGAAGCCGCCUGGUCAGCCGCCACAAGGCCCGCAAGCCGCCCACAGGCUCCAAGUCUGACUCCAACUUCAGCAACCUCAUCCGGCUGAGCCAGGCCUCACCAGAGGAUGAUGGGCCCUGCCGGGGCAAUGGCUGGGCGGAAGGAGAGCACCUUGGGGCUUCUGCCGAGCCGACCACCAUCCUGCAGCAAGACGGGGAUGGGCCAGACAUCAAGGCCAUGACCAUUGAUGCUGAGAGGCCAGGCCCUGAGCUCUUCGACCCUAGCAGCUGUCCUGGGGAAUGGCUGAGUGAGGACUGGACCCUGGAGGGCAUCAGGGGCUCACGGGCUCAGGGGCUCCCGCCCCGCCACGUUCACCCACACAGUCUGCCCCGGGCCACCAGCUUUCUGCAGCACGUCAGUGGGCACCAUUGAUGGUGACCCCACCCCUGC